GCCUGUGCCAAGUGUCUGUGGAAAGCCGUAGCGCUCGGCUCUUCGGCUAACGAACACGCGAGACCACACUUGAAAGGCUGGAGGAUGAGAGGAAGAAACACGCUCCGCAGCUCCAGGCUCAGGCCCUGAAAAGACCCAGUCAGGUCAGUAGCUGUGAAAUGAAUGAGAAGAAAUAUGAUUAGUCAAGACUGGCCGUAAAAAAGCCGAGGCUGGGACUUGUUGGACUUCUUGCUGUGUUCAGAAAGGGGGGCCUCCUCCUCCUCCUCACCCCCUGCCAGGAGACACCGAGUUCGUCAUAAGGAAUGCGGUCGAGUACAUUCAUGCGGUGAUUAAAUUUCCCCCUUCCCGAGCUUGGAUCUGGAGGAAAGGCGAGCACUUCAUGUCCGGCUAAUCCAGAAAAUCUGUCCACGGCAAGACCAGGGCAAGGGGCGACUUUCUGUGGUUGGUUGGCAGGGACACGGUUAAUCCUCUAACUCCACCCCAAUAAUUUGGGAAGGGUUUGCGUUGAACCUGGUUUCCUUCUAGCCAUGGCAGGAGUUGGACCGGAGCAGGGCACGCUGAGAACAAGAGAGCAGCCGUGUCCACAGAUGGGUCUACCUUGGUGCCAGCCCCAUUGGCAAGCCUCCUUGUGCGCAUCCCUUUGAUGUGGAGAUCACCUUGAGACAGGUGAAGGGGAGGGCCGUGUCACUGUCGCUUAUAAGGGAUGUGCCACCAAUGCCUCUUCGGCACCAUGGUCCUGCCGACGGACUGAACAUCUUUCCGCUUCACCUUGGAUGCCCAUGCCAUCUUUUAUGACCGUCUUCUGCCAAGACAUCAUUCCUUGAGGAUGCUGUGACGGGCUUCUGUUUCUUUCAAACUCCUCGCAAGUUACCUUCUCUCUCUCUCUCCUUCACUUUGUCACCAAGGAGGGAGACAAAAAGGAGGAUCUGAUUCUUUCCUUGACCCAUUUAACUCCUGGCCAGAUGCAGUGGAUCGUACUUUUCCUGUUACUGUGGUUCAUCAACUCCAUGGAAAUGCUCACGCAAGCCCGACGGAGGAAACAAGUAAGCACCACAUUGUUUGAGAACUGCACGGGAUGUAUCAUGUGUUCGGAGGACAACGGCUGCAUCUCCUGCCAACAGAAGCUCUUCUUGAUCAUCUGGAGAGAUGGGAUGCGCCAAUACGGGGCCUGCGUCCAUGCCUGCCCACCGGGGUACUUUGGGGUGCGAGGCCAAGAGGUCAACCGAUGCAUCAAAUGCCGGUCGCCCAACUGUGAGAGUUGCUUCAGCAAAGACUUCUGCAUAAAAUGCAAACAGCAAUUCUACUUGCACAAAGGCAAAUGCUUAAGCACGUGUCCCCUAGACACGAUAGCCCAGCCCAGUACCCAGGAAUGCCUCAAAAAGUGUGAGAUGGGGCCGUGGGGCAACUGGAGCCCUUGCACCAACCAAGGGCGGACAUGUGGCUGGCGGUGGGGCUCAGCUGCAAGGAGCCGGGAGGCCAUCAAGAGCAGCAAAGAGGAAGCGGAGGCAUGCCCGGUGCUGACUGAGUCCAGGAAAUGCCGCAUGAAGAAGCGCUGCCCUGGAGAGAAGAAAGGAAACAAAAGGAAAGAGAAGAGGGAAAGGAAACAAAGGAGGAAGAAAAAACUGGAUGCUCUCCUGGCCACCUAAUCCAUUUCGGAGCAAGUGGAUGGUCCUGGGGAGGGUUGGGGAGCAACACACGAGGCGGUCUACCAGGGGCGCUGUGGUGGGCCGAGAGGCUGCCUCUCUCUGCAGUCUCUCUGAAAUCUUUUUCCCAUCAUUAUGUUUUUCUCCUGGUUCCUUUCCAUCCAAAUUAUGCCUUCUAGCCCUGCUUCCCAAAAAGAGAGAAGAGGGGUCAUUUUAUGGCCUACUGAAUGCGAGACCCUUUACAGAUCCAGAUUUUCAGCCUCCCCAGCUCUUCCCCUGCCACAAGACUUCCAAGUCCUGAUUUGUUGAAAUGUUCAUGAGUUUGCACACAUAGGCCACCAAUGGGGGAAACAUGUAGAGUGCUGUUCUGGUGUGUAAUAAACACAGCGAUGCCCUAAAGGGUUUUGCAUCAGAAGACAAGAAAUGGUAUCCCUCCAGACCAGGUAUUCAGGAAGAAGACCUCCACAAAGCUACCAAGAUUUUUCCCAAACUCCAUGAAGGACUUGAAAAUGUAGUCUCUCAUAGACCUAAGACCAUUAUUUGCCAGUGCAUUGUUACAUCUUUUUCCAAAGUAGCACAGCAGUUAAUCUUGACAUGGAUUCUUUUCUUGAGAUUGAUGGAUAACUCCUUAUCUUUUCCAAAAAGACUUAUCCACCUAUUUUAUUAUAUCUUUCACCUUGGCAUGGAACCAACAAGUUAAAAGAACUCAUUACUCCAUAGUGAAAGGUGUCUGGAUUGAACCUAACAUUCUUGACCCAUCAAGGACAGUAGAGCAGUCAACUAGACCACCAUUCCCUGAUCUCAGCCGACUUUCCAGUGGGAUCAAGAAAGGCAAGAGACUUCUUGCAGGAUGGAGAAGCCAAAGAGAUGGUCCAGGACAAUUUCCUGGGGCCAUCUUGAGCUCUUAAUCUCUGACAAUUGAGUUCUUUGGUUGGCUUUGACGAGGUUCAUCCAAAUCUCCCAGUGGGCCUCCAGGAUGGACCACUCUCCCUACUCUCCAGUUAUAAGAGGUACAACCUUGUACCUGGACUCUAUCCUUCGGAAGUAGGUCGCUGGAAAUAUUUUAAUAUUUUGCAAUAUAUGUUGAUUUAGUUGAGUGCAGGUUUAGACAACCCCAAAGGUGCCCAAAAUCCACUGCUUCCAUAUUGGAUCUACAGCAAAGUUCUUGGCUUUCAAAUGCUCCAAAACUACAUUCUGCUCAGACCUUCUCUGCCUUAAUGCUGAAAAUCUGCCGCUUUGCCUCUUUGCUUCCUUCUUACAAAGAGCUCUGACUUGCUCAUCCUCUCCACUCAGAAGAAAUGGGGAAUAAAGAGGAGGCAUCUCUAUCCAACACUGGCCUUGGCCAUAGCAAUAUAUCACUUCCAUUUGCUUAGCAAAGUAAUAGUGAAUCUUUGUUCAAACCCCAGUGUUAGAAUCAAGAGUUAGAAGAAUUCUUAGAGAUGAAACAAAAACCCCUGGUGUAAAGGAGCCCUGCCAUGUGCUGAUAUGGUGCCGAGGAUCACACCUAAUGAACAGCAACGUAAAAUUGUGUAUUCUAUGAGGUUGAUAACAAAGCUAGUUAAUAUAAUCUUCUGGGUUAGUUUUACAUUUCCAUUGUUUUAGUUAUUUUCUUCUGCACUGCCCUAAAUUGAAAAUGAAUCGGUGCCUUGGAUUACAUCCAUCUGGAAUUAGAUUGGCCUUCGGGGCAGAAAGGUGAAAUAAAUAUGCAAUGCAUAGUUUAAACCUUCUACACAUGGGACCUCGGGUUUACUUACCCACUUCUCCAGAAAUUUUCUAGGUCAUCGUGGUAAUUCUCAACCUCAAGGACCUAGAAGAUUCUUAGAGAAGAUACAUUUGGCAGAAGUUGUUCAUUUCAAUAGGGUUCUGGGGUAAUUUUAGUAAGGUUCUAUGGUAACAUCUGUUCACUUCAGUAGGGUUCAUAUUAUUCCCAGAGUCCUGUUUCCAUGGUAAGUUCAGAAUCAUAUUCCCCAUGGGUACAAGGUUGUACUGUAUCUAAGAAAAGAAGUCUAUCCCUCUCCUUUUGGGUCAUUUGGAGAAAGCCUCCAGAAAGAAGGAGCUCUCCUUGUGCAACAAGCAACUCAGUGGAGAUGCUCUCUCUUUGGGAUCCAGAACCUCGGAAAUCUUCAUUCCAGAUAACAUCCCAGGUGCAUGGAUUGAGAAGACCCUUACCUUCUGAAAAUUGUUCUUUGGGUAAGGAGAGAGACACCAGAAGGGAGACGGGUGGUACCAGAGCACUUCCUCUCUUUGCAUCAGUAUUGUAUACUAGUAUAUAUAGCUGGUGUAGGCCAGGUGUUGUUGCGGCCACUGUCUGCCUACUUUUCCCUUUCUUUAGCUCCCAUCUCAUAGGCAUGUGCAUUCAGGAGAAACCUUGUCCUGUUUCAUGUCCCAAUCCAUUUUUGUAAGUCUUCCAAAAUUGGGAGGGUUGUUUUCAGUUCUUUUGUUUGGGGCCCGAAAAUUGGAUCAUUAUGGGGGGUUUCCUCACUCACUGGCUCCCCUUCCCACCAUGUGUUCUUCUUACCUGCACCUGCUGUUUCUACUCUAGAGUAAGAGGCGCUCGGCUAUGGGCACUUGCAGGCUACCUGCAUGCCCUGUUACACACACAAUCUCCUUUAGAAAGAGAGUGCAUGUGUGGCAGGGUGUGCAGACAGGCCCAGAAAGCGUGUGCCCCUGCCAGUGUCUGCAGCCAAGCACCUCUUACUUAGAGUAAGAGGCACUCAGCUAUAGGCACUCUCCGGUCCUGCCUGCCUGCGUGCCCUGCCACACACACACACCGCCACACUCUCUGAAAGUGUGUGCAUGGCGGGACAUGUAGGCAGGCUCGGAGCACACCUGGAUCUGAACUCCAGGCCUGCCUGCCUGCAUGCCCCACCACGCUUUCUAAGAGUACUUGAAUGGCGGGGUGUGCAGACAGCAAGGCCCAGAACUUGGCUGCAGGUGCGCUCAGGGCCUGCCUGCAUAUCCCACCACACAUACACUCUCUUUCCAAGGCAAGGAGGCAAGUUUGGGUGCACACGAAAGCAGGCUUUCAUGUCGAGCAAAUUUUGUGUGGGGAGGGGGCUUCCUGUUUCAUGCUUCUGAAGAAAUGGAAGACACGAAAGAAAUGGUAGGAACGAAUUUUGUGCACAUGUCUACUAUCUCACUACAUCUCUACAUGAUAACACUCUGGCAACAGUGGGUAAGCUUUCUCUGUGGCUCUUUCUUCCUUCGUUUGCCUCAUACACCUCCCUUUUCCUUCUCUCUCUCUCUCUCCCUCUCUCUCCCUCCCUCCCUCCCUCCCUCCCUCCCUCCCUCCUUCCUUCCUUCCUUCCUUCCUUCCUUCCUUCCUUCCUUCCUUCCUUCCUUCCUUCCUUCCUUCCUUCCUUCUUUCUCUUUCUCUUUCUCUUUUUCUUUUUCUUUCUCUUUCUUUCUUUCUUUCUUUCUUUCUUUCUUUCUUUCUUUCUUUCUUUCUUUCUUUCUUUCUUUCCCUUCCUUCCUUCCUUCCUUCCUUCCUUCCUUCCUUCCUUCCUUCCUUCCUUCCUUCCUUCCUUCCUUCCUUCCUUCCUUCUUUCUCUUUCUCUUUCUCUUUCUUUCUUUCUUUCUUUCUUUCUUUCUUUCUUUCUUUCUUUCUUUCUUUCUUUCCCUUCCUUCCUUCCUUCCUUCCUUCCUUCCUUCCUUCCUUCCUUCCUUCCUUCCUUCCUUCCUUCCUUCCUUCCUUCCUUCCCUUGCUUUCCCUCAUACACUUUCCCCCUCUUCUUCCUUUCCUUUCCUUUUUUUCCGUUCCCUUCUUUUUCUCUUCUCUCCCUUCCUUUGUCCUGUUUUCUUCUUUUCUUACCUUUUCCCUUUUUCUUUUCUCCCCUCAUCCUUUUUCCUGUUUUUCUUUCCCUCCCUUUGUUUUCUCCCUUCCUACUUUUCUUUCUUCCCCUGAUUUUCCCUUCCUCCUUUCCUUCUCCUUUCUUUUAUGUUUCUUUCUUUCCUUCCUUCUUCUCUUCUCAUCAUACACAUGUCGCCUUUCUUUCCCAGUGACAUCACAAAGGCCACUUCACCUAGCAACAGCCUUUGUGGUGCAAACAAGCAUACAUAUUUUGACUCUUAUAUAUAUAUAUAUAUAUAUAGCUAUUUGCAGAAGGCUUGAAUAGGCAAUGGUGGGUCUGUCUGUCCUGCACAAAUCUAAUUGAAAUGCUAUUGAAUGUGGCUAAUUGCAUAAUAGGUCCUUAGCACUCAGCAAGCAAUAUGUCUACAGCUGGUUACAUGCACUGUAAGUCUCCGUAGGUCAUUUUUCUUGGGCAAAUUUUGUAUGUCAGAUAUGUGGGUUGUUUUUUUUGUUGUUUUUUUUUUGCCUUUCUGGAUGAAGCGAAAUGACAUUUUAUUGUUUCUAUAAAUAACAAAUAAAGGUUAUAUAUUAUAUAAUUAUAUAUAUAUUAAAAUAUAAAGAAUUUAUUUCUAGAAUGUCCAUGUAUUUAAAAAACGCUCUUCAUUUUAUAUGGAUAUAAGAAGUAUUUUUUGUCUUUUGUUUAUUUUUGUUAUAAAAAGUUGCAUUGUAUAUCAAACUGUACCAGGACUUUGGCUGAGGAACAAACAGGGGGAAAUGCAAGAAGGCAAGGUUUGCUGCUGUAGUUCUCAUCUCCAUCAAAAAGCUAUCCAAAGCAAAGAUCUCUUUUUUCCACAUUCAUAUCUACAAGUAACCACAUGGAGGCACUACGGGAUAAAAAAAAAUAAUGAUUCCUUGUUCUUCCGUAUGUUACUGCGACACAAUUUUUUGCUUUCUGUUUAGUGCAAACACAUGAAUGCAUCCACUACUAAGAGGUUUUUGUAUAUUGUCUGUAUUGCAUCAAAGAGCAGGGCUGCUGUCUGGUUCAUUCACUACUCAAUAAAGACAUUUUAAAAACAAA